UGGAUACUGCUCACAUUCCAUUUACUGGCAGGCGUUGACAUCAAUGCGGCCUGGUAUAUAAGCUGGCUAGAUUUUUUUGUAGAAUGGUAGUACAACUUCAGCACUUCGCAAGUUAGUAACUUCUACAGCAAAACAAACAACAAUCAAAAUGUUCAAAUCGUGUGUUCUUGUCGCCGUUCUCGCUUUGGUCGCCUGCGCCUCCGCUAAGCCCGCCGUGGUCGCCUACAGCGCUCCGGGUGUGGUGACCGCUCAGAGCUCACAGUACAUUGCACGCAAUUACAAUGGCGUUGCUGCCGCCCCAGUCGUCGCCGCCGCUUACACCGCACCCGCUGUAGCUGCCGCUCCCGUUGCCGCCGCAUACAGUGCCCCAGUUGCUGCUGCUUACAGUGCCCCCGUUGCUGCUGCUUACAGCGCUCCAGUCGCUGCAUACUCCUCAUACGCUUCGUACUACCCCUACAACGCCGCUUACACCGUAGCCUUCUAAAUGGUGGAUGGAUUGUGAAAAAAGAAUCUGUAAUGUGACUCAGGGCUAAUACUAAAUGGACAAAAGCUGAAUAAUGCA